ACGGCAUCUGUGCUUACAAGCGUUUUGGGAUUCCAUUAAAAAAUUAAACUCAUGUACUGGAAACUGAAGCUGUACCAGCUCACCUGGGGAGCUCUGCCCUCUGCAUAUCCUCCACAAGAGGCCCUGCACCGCCCCUACGGCUGCGACGUCGAGCCCCAGGCACUGAACGAAGCCAUCAGAUGGAGCUCCAAGGAGAACCUGCUUGGAGCCACUGAGAGCGACCCCAAUCUCUUUGUUGCACUUUACGAUUUUGUAGCAAGUGGUGACAACACACUCAGCAUCACCAAAGGUGAGAAGUUGCGAGUCCUGGGUUACAACCAGAAUGGUGAAUGGAGCGAGGUGCGUUCGAAGAAUGGGCAGGGCUGGGUACCAAGCAACUACAUCACUCCUGUGAACAGCCUGGAGAAGCACUCGUGGUACCACGGGCCGGUGUCCCGCAGCGCAGCCGAGUAUCUGCUCAGCAGCCUCAUCAACGGCAGCUUCCUGGUGCGGGAGAGCGAGAGCAGCCCCGGGCAGCUGUCCAUCUCGCUCAGGUACGAGGGACGCGUUUACCACUACAGGAUCAACACCACCUCCGAUGGCAAGGUCUAUGUGACAGCAGAAAGUCGUUUCAGCACCCUGGCAGAGCUGGUGCACCAUCACUCGACGGUGGCAGAUGGCCUGGUGACGACUCUGCAUUACCCAGCCCCCAAGUGCAAUAAGCCCACCGUGUAUGGGGUGUCCCCCAUCCAUGACAAGUGGGAGAUGGAGCGCACCGACAUCACCAUGAAGCACAAGCUCGGGGGAGGGCAGUAUGGAGAGGUCUACGUGGGGGUCUGGAAGAAAUACAAUCUCACAGUGGCUGUGAAAACGUUAAAGGAAGAUACCAUGGAGGUGGAAGAGUUCUUGAAAGAAGCUGCUGUGAUGAAGGAGAUCAAGCACCCAAAUCUAGUGCAGUUGUUAGGUGUGUGCACCCUGGAGCCCCCCUUUUACAUCGUGACGGAGUACAUGCCCUACGGGAACCUGCUGGACUACCUGCGGGAGUGCAACCGCGAGGAGGUCAGUGCUGUCGUGCUGCUCUACAUGGCCACCCAGAUCUCCUCUGCCAUGGAGUACCUGGAGAAGAAGAACUUCAUCCACAGGGACCUGGCAGCACGGAACUGCUUAGUUGGAGAAAACCACGUGGUGAAGGUGGCUGACUUUGGCUUGAGUCGACUCAUGACUGGUGAUACCUACACAGCCCAUGCUGGGGCCAAGUUCCCAAUCAAAUGGACAGCUCCCGAGAGCCUGGCCUACAACACCUUUUCAAUCAAAUCAGAUGUGUGGGCCUUUGGGGUGCUGUUAUGGGAAAUUGCUACCUAUGGGAUGUCACCAUACCCAGGCAUUGACCUCUCUCAGGUGUAUGAUCUGCUGGAAAAGGGCUAUCGGAUGGAGCAGCCAGAGGGGUGCCCUCCCAAGGUGUAUGAGCUCAUGAGGGCAUGCUGGAAGUGGAACCCACCAGACCGACCCUCCUUUGCUGAAACCCACCAGGCUUUUGAAACCAUGUUCCACGACUCGAGCAUCUCCGAGGAGGUAGCAGAGGAGCUUGGGAGAACAGCCUCGUCCUCAUCCAUAGUUCCUUACCUGCCCCGCUUACCCAUGCUUCCCUCCAAGACGAGAACGCUGAAGAAACAGGCAGAGAACAAGGAGAACAUUGAAGGAGCACAGGACACUGUGGAGCACUCAGCAUCCAGCUCAGCACCAGGUUUCAUCAGAAGCACACAGCCAACAGGCGGGUCCCCUGCACUGCCCCGCAAGCAGAGGGACAAGUCCCCCAGCAGCCUCCUGGAGGAUGCCAAAGAGACCACGUUCACCAGGGACAGGAAAGGAGGCUUCUUCAGCUCCUUCAUGAAGAAGAGGAACGCUCCCACGCCUCCCAAGCGCAGCAGUUCCUUCCGGGAGAUGGAGAACCAGCCCCAUAAGAAAUACGAGCUGACGGGUAACUUCUCCUCUGUUGCUUCCUUGCAGCACGUGGACGGGUUCUCCUUUGCUCCAGCGCAGCAGGACACGAGCCUGGCUCCCCCCAAGUGCUAUGGAGGGGGCUUUGUGCAGAGGACCUUCUACAGUGAGGAGGGCACUGGGCCCAGCAGUGCUGGGGGUGUGAGCACUGGUGGAGGGUGGUCGGGCAUCACUGGCUUCUUUACGCCACGCUUGAUUAAAAAGACGCUGGGUUUACGAGCAGGAAAACCCACGGGCAAUGAAGAAGCUUCAAAGCCUUUUCCAAGGUCAAACUCUACAUCUUCCAUGUCCUCAGGGCUUCCAGAGCAGGAUAGGAUGGCAAUGACCCUUCCCAGAAACUCCCAGAGGUCAAAAAUUCAGCUGGAACGGACUGUGUCCACCUCCUCCCAGCCCGAUGAGAGCACAGGGAGGGCCAAUGACCUGAUUCCCAAAAGGUUUGAAGAAGGCCCUGCUUUGACCAGAGAGAGACCAAAAGCAAAACUCUUGCCAAGGGGUGCCACAGCACUCCCUUUCCGAACUCCCUCCGCGUCGGAAGAAAAGGAGGGUCCUGGGCUAGUGGCAGCUCCUAAGGGCAAAGAAAAAAACAGUGGCCCACGACAAGGGGCCCUUGAGGAUGGCGAGAGGCCAGGGUGGUCAUCUCCAGUAAAGGCUGCAGCAAUACUUCCAACCACUCAUAACCACAAAGUGCCAGUCCUAAUCUCACCCACUCUAAAACACACUCCAGCAGAUGUGCAGCUCAUUGGCACAGACUCUCAGGGUAAUAAAUUUAAGCUCUUAUCUGAGCAUCAGGUCACUUCUUCCGGCGACAGGGACCGGCCCAGACGGGUAAAACCAAAGUGUGCUCCACCUCUGCCCCCGGUGAUGCGGCUCCUCCAGCAGCCAGCUGCCUGCUCGGACGCAGCAGAAGAGCUGAGCAGCGUGGCGGGAGGGCAGCACGGACUGGAAUCCAACGAAGGGAGCAAGAAGGCAGCAGCAGCAGCAGCAGCACCUGUUGGUGGAAAAUCUGGGAGGCCUGCGAUGCCUCCGCCUCAAGUGCCUCUGUCAUCGUCUUCCACCUCCCCGGUGAAAAUGGCCAACGGCACGGCCGGCGCCAAGGUCGCGCUGAGAAAGACCAAACAGGCGGCCGAGAAAAUCCCCACGGACAAGAUCAGCAAGGAGGCGCUGCUGGAGUGCGCGGAUCUGCUGUCGAGCGCCAUCGCCGAGCCCACGCCCAACAGCCAGCUGGUGGACACGGGCCACCAGCUGCUGGAUUACUGCUCAGGCUACGUGGACUGCAUCCCGCACACGCGCAACAAGUUUGCCUUCCGGGAAGCCGUGAGCAAACUGGAACUCAGCCUGCAGGAGCUGCAGGUGUCCUCGACAGCUGCUGGCGUCCAUGGGGCGAACCCCGUCCUUAAUAACUUAUUGUCAUGUGUCCAAGAAAUCAGCGAUGUGGUGCAAAGGUAGCUACUGUCGAUCUGGGUAAGAGAAACACACACGGGGAGGGCGGGACUGUUUUUCUGUACUGAUGCUUUUCAAAAGGAAAGACUGAUACUUGAGUAUGUGAAGUACCUCAGAUCACUGAGUUCUCCUCACGUUUACAGGUUCAUCUCAAAGAAUGGGGGAUGGAGAGGGUAGAUGAAAGCUGUAAGGGCCAGAACAUCAAGGAUCUGUCCCUAUCUAGUCAGGUUGAUCUGCUUGGUAUGGCAAGGGAAAGAAAGUUCCUUCUCCUCCCCUGGAGAGGCAGGAGAACCGAUGGCAGGUUCUCCCUCUGGGCAGGACGGUGGUGACAGCUAGAGUCCUAGGGUGGCUGCAGCUGCCUGGCUGCACAAAUCCUGCCCUGACUGCACUCACUGUGCUUUGCUGUCCUGACAAGGCCAAGGAAAGGCACUGGGGCUCUGCUGGUACUGACGGCAGAGCGGCCAGAGCGGCUCCGGGGGCAGUCGUGUGCAGCUGGGGGAAAGGUCUAAUGCACUGACAGUAUUCAGAGCUGCUGGAGGUGGAUGCACUGGUCUGGAUGGCUUGACUUCCACAGCACUGUUGCUGCUGUAAUGAGAACUGCAAGAUUAGUUAAUAUAUGAAACUGUCCCUUUUCCCUCCUGUCCACCUCAUCCACCACGUUCUCGUCAUCAUUGUAUUGGAAGCAUCAGGGAUGCUGGGCAGACUUACCACUGGAAUUCCCCCUUCCCACCACACAGCCUUCACUCAGCUGAUACCUAUUUCUAGUGGUCUAGCACAGGUGCUGCUUGAUGGUCAUUUUUGAGUAGUUUGGGGCUCUUGCACAACUUGCCAAUGUUGUUGUUGGGGUGGGUGGGUUAUUUCUUUUUUUAAGCUCUAGAUUGUUUUUUAGCUUGUUACCAGGUUGACUCCCCAGUUCAGUUUGAUCACCCGAGGACCCAUGGUAAGGCAGAGCCUCUGGCCCCCUGGCUGUUUUCCACAUUCCUUUAGCAGUCACAGCACUGCACGGCCAGCUGGAGAACCAGAAGUACAGCCCAGCCUGCCCACCACAUAUCCUUACUGCUGCAGGAUUCCCUGGACCUGUCCCUAACCCUUCACACUGCCAGAUUCCUGGGAUUUGUUCUGAUUCUUACCUGUCUCACAGGCUUCCAGCUUCCCUGCAUCCUGAGGUGAUAUGGUAUGGCAGCACACAGGGAAACAUCACAGGCAUCUCCAUGUAUUUAUUCCCAUAUUUUAAAGGCUAGACCAGGAUCCUGAGCUGUGGUGUAGGGAAUGUGCACAUAACCUGUGCACUCCUCUGCCUGAGGCGUGGCAACAAAAGCUGUGGCUCUACCUUGAAGGGCUCCCACUGGGUCUCUAAAGCCUUCUAAGCACCCCAGAAUGAGAGCAGCUGAGUGGUUGGCAUUGUCAUCCUUGUUCCUGGUGCUGUUUGGAGACUGUUGUGGCCUCACAAAGCUGGUGUGUGUCUACACACAACUCCCCAAGGUGCGAAUGUACUGGCAAGUAAGAAGAGCUCAGUUGCUGGUUUGUGAGAGGAAAGGAAACAGGCCUGAAACCUGGCUCCAAAUACACCUUACCUGCAUGCUGCUGCUCACUGCACACUGCUGGUGAUAGAGGAUCUCGCUUGCUUUGCACCUCAAGUCUCUGGGUUUUUUUGCCUAAAACGCUUUUUAAACUUGUUUUUCAAGUGUGGCCGUGCUGCUUUUAGUCUGAGCAUUUUGAGUGGAGCUGUGGCACUGGUGUGACCUCAGAAGAUGGGCACUUCCCUUUCUGUCUAGAAGCACAUGUUGCUGCUUGGAAGCAGGCUGGGUGUCUCAGCAAGUGUCUCUGUUUUUUCCACAGAGCAUAGUGAGACAGGCCUGGAAAAAUCUUUAGCAAUGGGCUGGUGUCUGAGAAUCUGCAUUUCAUUGCUGGUCUGAGCUAAGCAAAGUUGUUUCAGGGUGCAUGGAGACACAGUAGAGGAGCAGCAUGGGAGGUACAAUGGACCAGUGACUUUCUGUGGCCCAGGAAGUGAAGUGCUGGGAGGAAAAAGAACCAAGCAACCCCUUGUGCUGGCAAGUCCUGAUCCCCUGCAGGGGGAUAGCCUCGAGGCUGUCCCAAAGCUCUUCUCCAGCCAGAGUACCAACCCCUUAUCUCCUAGACUUUACUGAGGGCUUUGGUGGUUUACCUUAUCUCUUUCAGUCAUCUUCAUGAAAGGUGUGCAUCCACACUAACUGCCUUUGGAAAGGUGACCUGCAAAGGGAAGGUGGCUUGUGGCAUUGCUUCACAUGGCCUGUCAAACAAUCAGAAGAAUUUAGAAGGUGGGGGGCUUCCUUUUCUUUGGGGCAGAAGGGCAGGUCUUGCUUACCCUGGCAGAUUAUCACAUGGUUCCAUCAUUGUACUGCUGCUCAGCCUGGGACAAAUGGGCUGGGACUGAAGGGAUUCCAGGGGAAAGGAUUUUUAACCAGGACAUCUUAAAGCUUAGCCCAAUUCUGAUGAGUAUUGAUGAAUAUUUUGAAAGAAGCCUUUUUUUUUUUUUUUUCCUAAAUGCCAGUCUUCCAGAAAAACUACAGCAAAAGUGAUAGGAUAGCAAUAUGGAAUUCCAAACUACUGGAACUCCCCUCUUGCAGCCCUUUCUGAAGAAAGCAGCUGUGUCCCAAUGAACACUGGCCAUCCCCACUUCCUUCCAUAUGCCCCACUCUCUCCUUGCCCUCACAGCAGAGAUGGGCAGUGGGACAGGGGAGCAUCCAAUGCUUUUCCAGAGUCACAGAAUGGCUGAGGUUGGAGAGCCCUUUGGAGGUCACCUGGUCCAAACUCUCAACCCAAGCAGGGCCACCAAGAGUCACCUGGGAGGACCAUGCCCAGGCAGCUUUUGGGUGUCUCCAAGCACAGAGAGUCUACAACCUCUGUGCCCAACACAGGAGCCUGUUUAGUUCUGACCCCUCCUGUGGUGCAGAAACAAAGGCCAGUGGAAUUUGGGGAUUCACCUGUUGUCACUCUCAUGGAAAGUGUUUUCUCUGCUCUUACCUAUCAUCUUAACAUCAAGGCAGGCAGAUUGUGGCAGAGGUAGUGAUGACUUGACAGGUUUUUUUUCCUCCUAAAGUGAAGGCUGCAGAAUUGCUGAGACUUCUGCUGCCCUAGAGUGUUUUAUUCCCAAACUGCAAUGUUCCCCUGCCAUCAUAAGGAUGCUAUCUGGGAAAGCUGGUUCUGCUGUAAAUCACCAUCCAGUUAUUCUUCCUUCCAACAGCUACUUCUAAAACUUUGACCAUUCCCUCUCCUUUUAGCUAGGUCUGGCUUUCUCUUCAGCCUUAAGGGUCUCCACUGUGGCCAAUUCUCUGUUUUCAGCCUGGCACCAGAUGUGCAAAGGAAUGUGUGGGUGCUGACACCCCAUUGUUUGUCCCAGUGAAGAGCACUUCAUGGUCUAUGGUUUGGGGCAGGGGAGAAGGCAUAAAUCCUGUUGUUUUUUCUCCUCAGCACUGUCAGGCAGCCAUGGGGGGGCACUGCUGGAGCUGGGCUCUCUCACUUGCACUGCUAUGGGCCAGAAUUUAAAGCAGUCGUCCUUGCCAUGGGGAUGGCAUCCAGGGGCUGCCAAGCACAAAACACAGCGUGAGCUCAGGGGGGCACUUUCUCUUCCUACCACUUGUGGGAAUUAGCUGACUCACUGGUGCAAUUCUCUCUUCUUCCUGCACUGUACACCCUUCUUAAUCCCAAAAUGGUGCCCUAGAUUUAGUCAUGUCCUUCAUUAGUGUGGGCAGGGGUGAAGCUGAGCUAACUCUGGGUCUUGGGACUGCACCAAAUUUAGCCAGUGGGAAAGGGGAAUUGAAGGGAGCAGUGAUGCUGAUGAAGAGCACAGCAGGGAGGGAGAGGAGGGCUGUGCUUGUCCUCCUCAGCACAUUUCUCCUGGAUGCCACUGGCUUUGUGUCCCUGAGACACGGCCAAACAAAAGUGUUGACAUCUGCCAGGGUGCUUUUGCAGGGGUUGUGGGGCACAGGGAACAAACCCUGCAGUGCACACAGAGCAGGCCCUCCCCACCAGGCAGAGGUGUGGGGUGGGUUACACUGUGCAGCCACAGAGUAAUCCCAGCCCUCCUGUCCUGCCACUUACCCGAGCCAGGCUUUUCCUCUGGGGCAUGCAGAGCGCUGACAGGCACCAGUGACUCCAGAGGGUGGUGGUCCCAGAGCCAUCAGGCUGCUGCCUUCUCUGUGACACACUCACCUCAGCCCUGCUGCUCGUCAGGGGCUGAAGGGCAGAGACUGCAGCACGCAGAAACCUGCCAGGGCACUGCCAGCACAGCGGGUGGUGCUGGGGCUGUGCUGCAGAUCCCUGGAGGGCAGAACAAAGCCCUCAGCCCAUUCUCUGGGGGCAGGUAACAGGAGGCUCUGGGACGCUGAUUUGUCUCACAGCUCCACGCUCAGCAAUCAAUGUCUGUACCAAAGGAGGUCGUUCUUCCCCACGUGUCUGUUGUGCACAGGAGGUGGAGCCUGCUCGGCCCACAUGGCACUGUUUGUAUUGGUAGUGAACUCGUUGAGGGCAGGAAUGGAUUGAAAUGAAACACGUUAAUCACCAAUCACUCUUAGCAGUGUUGUCAACUGUUUUUGUUUUUUAAUUGUUAUUGUAAUAUAUUUUGGUUGUUUUUCUAAUUUAAUUCUCUCACUAUCGUCUGACUGUGAACUGCGAACAGUGUUAAACUUGAUGUAAAUAAGGCCCUUGGAAGGGCCUCUUUGCCUGUCGUUCCACAAAGUUUUGCCAAUUUGCAUUUUGUUUUAAAUAAAGGUUGCAAUAUUUUAUUGGCAAAAACCA